AAUUUUGGGUAUGCUAUAUGCUUCUUAGGACAUAGAAUUGAGGAUAGAAAAUUCUGGCACUCCCAAUUUAUUAAUUCAUAUAAUUUAGGUUGAAUCCAGUUGUGGUACCAAUUCCUAAAAUAACAUAAAAAAUUUGGAAUUGUAGGGAAAGUGAUGCAUAUGUUGUUACAAUACAGCUGAUACUACAGAAAGUCCAAUUGGAAAUUGAUAUAAAAAUACUUAAAUUUUAUCUUCUUGAAAAAAAAUAAAAACAUAGCAAAAUAACUAGACAUUAUAUUUGCUGAUUCACCAAGUGAUGAAUUGAAAUGAAUUUAGAGAGUUGUAUUUGGUUGUGGAAGUAGUGG